GGGGAGUGCUAGCGUCUUUUUUCACUUCAUCGCUGCGAGAGAAGAUGGUUCGAAAACUAAGUGCUGCCAAGAAUAACGACAAGGUUCUUAUGCCUGAAAAUAAACAUCCUUAUCAAGGGAGAGAGGAACCGCUGCCUUCCAAUGGAAACAUAAAAUCGCCAGGGGCAUUAGACUCUCAGCAUGAAAAUCCACACCUUAGGUGUUCCCCACUGAAGUAUCCAAAUUCCUCCAUGGAAGGAUUGGAUACAUGUCAUGAUAAAAGCCCUGCACUAGAGCAAGUAAUUCGUGAAUAUGAGCAUCAAAAGAAGUCUGCUACAUCCCUAAGGAAAAAGUCCAAAUACCAUGGUACAUCUGUGAGGCGAUCCCAACGCAUUAAAAGUACCGUUGUUCAUCCCCCUAGCUCAAGCUGUGGCAUUGAAUACAUUGAGGAUAUAACUGCUAGCGAAAGUGAGAAAGAUGAACCAGAUAAUCAAAUAGAGCAAGUAUUGCCAGAGCCAGAGCCGGAGCCGGCAGAAAAUAUGAGUGAAAAGAGCUUGGAUGAAAAAGUUGACUAUGCCUUACAAAGAAUAGAAGAUCUGAAUAAGAUCGUGGAAUUGUUGAAGUCCAAGCAGGUACCUGAGAAUCCUGGCUUCUAUGAAGCCCCAUCAAUGACAUCGACAAGUUACCGGACCGACUCACAAAAAAAGCUUGAAGCUUUAACAGAUGAAAAUCAACGACUAACUGGAAAGCUGGAAAAUGCUCUUGGCAAAAUUGAAGUGUAUGAGAAGGAGAAACGUGUUUUGAUUGAAGUAUUGGAUAAAAUGAAGGAUACUGUUAAUGCUAUUGUGGUUUCAAAUCUGGCAAAAACUACUGAAGUGGCUGUGAAUGCAUCGACUCAAGCAAUCCACAAAGCUUCUGCAGCUAAAAGAAAGCGAAAAGCUGAUGUAUAAUAUAAAAUCUGUAUCAUUUGAACCUGACGCCAGUGUGUUAUGUUUGUGUAUGUGGCGUUUAAUCAUUUGAACCUGGAUUUCUGUUGCUUUUGUAUGUGGUUCCCAUGUUCCAGGUCUAAUUUUGAAAGCAGUAUAAUUGUUUAUUGUAUCAAGACCUGGAACUUUUGGUGUU